CCGGGCUGCAUCACUCCGCACCGGCUGCGGCUGCGGCGCGGUCAGAGGAGCAGGUGGAGCUGGCGGCGCGCACAGAGCGGAGCGCCAGCUCCGCGGGGACCGCAGUGACGCUGCCCGGAGACGUGGCGGCCCGGCGCCUCUGAAGCAGCAGCAGUCGCACCCCGAGCCGCCGGGGCCAUGCCGCUGGGCCGCUGAGCGCGCCGGGCGCCGGCCGGGAGGACACCGCGGCCGCCGCGCCCUGCGCUCUCCAUGCUGCGUCCCGCGUCAGCGUCUCGGGCGGUGUAGCUGCUGCCGCCGCCGGAGGAGCAGGCAGGACAUUGCUCUCUGCUCCUUCAUUCAGCCACACUUUUCUUUUCCAUUUGUAUCCCCUUUCCCAUCUCCAUUCCCGUCUCCCUCUACCUCGCCUGCUCGGCAUCCGUCUCCCCCGCCCGGUGACCCCCUCCCGCCUCCGCGCGCCGGGGCUAUGGCCGCGGAAGAGGUGCUGCAGACGGUGGACCAUUACAAGACGGAGAUAGAGAGGCUGACCAAGGAGCUCACGGAGACGACCCACGAGAAGAUCCAGGCUGCCGAGUACGGGCUGGUGGUGCUGGAGGAGAAGCUGACCCUCAAGCAGCAGUAUGACGAGCUGGAGGCCGAGUACGACAGCCUCAAGCAGGAGCUGGAGCAGCUGAAGGAGGCCUUUGGGCAGUCCUACUCCAUCCACCGGAAAGUAGCUGAGGAUGGAGAGACGCGGGAGGAGACGCUGCUGCAGGAGUCGGCCUCGAAGGAAGCGUACUACCUGGGGAAGAUCUUGGAGAUGCAGAACGAGCUGAAGCAGAGCCGGGCUGUGGUCACUAACAUUCAGGCAGAGAACGAGAGGCUGACCGCCGUGGUGCAGGACCUGAAGGAGAACAAUGAAAUGGUGGAGCUGCAGAGAAUACGGAUGAAGGAUGAAAUUCGAGAAUAUAAAUUCCGAGAGGCUCGGCUCCUUCAGGACUACACUGAACUGGAAGAAGAAAAUAUCACAUUGCAGAAGCUUGUGUCCACGUUAAAACAGAACCAGGUUGAAUACGAAGGCUUAAAGCACGAGAUUAAGCGGUUUGAAGAGGAGACGGUGCUGCUGAACAGCCAGCUGGAGGACGCCAUCCGGUUGAAAGAGAUCUCCGAGCACCAACUGGAGGAAGCCCUGGAGACCCUGAAGAACGAAAGGGAGCAAAAGAACAACCUGCGGAAGGAGCUGUCCCAGUACAUCACCCUCAACGACAACCACCUCAGCAUCUCCGUGGACGGGCUCAAGUUUGCGGAGGACGGGAGCGAGCCGAACAACGACGACAAAAUGAACGGGCACAUCCACGGGCCUCUGGUGAAACUGAACGGAGACUAUCGGACUCCCACUCUGAGGAAAGGAGAGUCUCUGCACCCGGUGUCCGACUUAUUCAGCGAGCUGAACAUUUCAGAAAUACAGAAGUUGAAGCAGCAGCUUAUGCAGGUAGAGCGGGAAAAGGCCAUUCUUCUGGCCAAUCUCCAGGAGUCACAGACGCAGCUGGAGCACACCAAGGGGGCACUGACAGAGCAGCACGAACGGGUGCACAGGCUCACGGAGCACGUCAACGCCAUGAGGGGCCUACAGAGCAGCAAGGAGCUCAAGACUGAGCUGGAUGGGGAGAAGGGCCGGGUCCCAGAGGAAGAGGCGCAUGACUAUGAGGUGGACAUCAAUGGCUUAGAGAUCCUGGAGUGCAAAUACAGGGUGGCAGUGACCGAGGUGAUCGAUUUGAAAGCUGAAAUUAAAGCCUUAAAGGAGAAAUACAAUAAAUCUGUAGAAAACUAUACUGAAGAAAAGACCAAGUAUGAGAGUAAGAUCCAAAUGUAUGAUGAGCAGGUGACAAGCCUUGAGAAGACCACCAAGGAGAGUGGAGAGAAGAUGGCCCACAUGGAGAAGGAGUUGCAAAAGAUGACCAGCAUAGCCAACGAAAAUCACAACACCCUUAACACAGCCCAGGAUGAGUUGGUGACCUUUAGUGAGGAGCUAGCUCAGCUUUACCACCAUGUAUGUCUGUGUAACAAUGAAACCCCCAACAGGGUCAUGCUGGACUACUAUAGGCAAAGCCGAGUUACUCGUAGUGGCAGCCUAAAAGGGCCUGAUGAUCCCAGGGGACUGUUGUCUCCACGGUUAGCCAGGCGGGGUGUGUCAUCCCCAGUGGAAUCAAGGACCUCCUCUGAACCGAUUACAAAAGAAAACACAGAGGCCAGCAAAGAACCAAGCCCAACCAAGACCCCCACCAUCUCUCCCAUAAUUACUGCCCCACCAUCAUCUCCAGUAUUAGACACAAGUGACAUCCGCAAAGAGCCAAUGAAUAUCUACAACCUUAAUGCCAUUAUCCGGGACCAAAUCAAGCAUCUGCAGAAAGCCGUGGACCGGUCCUUGCAGCUGUCUCGUCAGAGAGCAGCGGCACGGGAGCUGGCCCCCAUGAUCGAUAAAGACAAGGAAGCCUUAAUGGAGGAGAUCCUCAAGCUCAAGUCCCUGCUGAGCACCAAACGGGAGCAGAUCGCCACCCUGAGGGCUGUGUUGAAAGCCAACAAGCAGACAGCUGAGGUGGCACUAGCUAAUCUCAAGAACAAAUAUGAAAAUGAGAAAGCGAUGGUGACUGAGACGAUGACAAAACUUAGAAAUGAACUGAAGGCUCUGAAAGAAGAUGCAGCAACUUUCUCAUCCCUGAGAGCAAUGUUUGCAACAAGAUGUGAUGAGUAUGUCACCCAGUUGGAUGAGAUGCAGAGACAGUUAGCAGCCGCAGAGGACGAGAAGAAGACUCUAAAUACUUUGUUACGAAUGGCUAUCCAGCAAAAACUCGCCCUGACCCAGCGGCUGGAGGACUUAGAAUUUGACCAUGAGCAGUCGAGACGCAGCAAAGGCAAAUUUGGAAAGAGCAAGAUCGGCAGCCCUAAAGUAAGUGGGGAGGCUUCAGGCACCGUGCCCACCAUAGACACUUACCUCCUGCAUAGGCAGGGCCCACAGACACCCAACAUUCGGGGCAGCGGUGGCACUCAGAGGAAAAGACAAUUUUCACCUUCCCUUUGUGAUCAGAGCCGUCCCAGGACUUCAGGGGCGUCCUACCUCCAGAAUUUAUUAAGCGUUCCCCCUGACCCCAACUCCACAGAGUCAUUUCUUCUGAAGGGCCCCCCUUCCAUGAGUGAAUUCAUCCAAGGGCACCGGCUCAGCAAGGAAAAAAGGUUAACGGUGGCUCCACCAGCAAAAAGAGAUUGUCAGCAGCCUGCUGCCUCCGUACCGCCACAGUGCUCACAACUAGCAGAGAGGCAAGACUGCCCGACUGUCAGUCCUGACCUCGCUCUCCCGGACAACGAGCAGCCACAUUCCAGCCCGAAGUGCACCCCUCUCCGCCUUCUCUCCACUCCCGGCCCCUCCUCUCCAUCCCCCGCCGACGAGCAUCUGGGGUGAAGGUUUUGUAGCCACACACAGGACACUGCCCAAGACCCAGCCGCUGUUGGCUCCUCGGUAGUUAGACGUUGUGCUGGGAUCAGUAAUCGUCACAUCUGUGGAAGGUGAAGGACAGUUAAGAAGAGUAACAGACUCCCAAGUGAUACAACGUAUUACGGUUUCUCUAAGUCACAGAUAAACUUCUGCAAUGACAGGGCCACAGUUCAAUGAAACAGACAAACAAGACACAGGACACACAGCUCAGCCGACUGGCUUUAUCUCGAUAGCAUAAGAGAGAUCUAAGACCAUGUAAAAUACACAGAUUGUAAAAUCAUCUUUCCUCAAACGUCACGUUCAGCUGUAGAGGUUGAUUCCACUGUUUGUUUUUUUCACCAUUGGUAUUUAUUUUGUACUCUUACUUGCCACAUGGGUUAUGUUUAUAAACAUCAUUUCUCUAAGAGGCGAACUUAAUUCCUGUAUUUUUAGAGACGUGUCAUUGCUCCAUGAAGUAUGAGUUGCAAUAUGGUUUGAAAUCUGGCAUCGGCCGGACUGUGGACAUUUUUCUUGCACAAAAUGAUAAAUGAGGUGCAUCGGAAUGUUAACCGUAACUGUAUUUUGCUGCUACGCUGAUAUUGUUUAUGCACUUACUUUCUAAUCAGCUCAUUAACUGCUGGAUUUUUUUUUUUAAAUUUAACUAGAAGUCUUCACUGGACAUUAAGUAAAUCUAAGAAAGAGACUAUGUGAUGAUUCAUUGACUUAUUCAACUUUUGACGGCAUCUUUAAUUUUUUAAAAUUGCAGACGAGUAGAUGCCCUGGUGCUGCUCCUUUGUGUGUGUAUGUGUGUGUGAUCAUGUUAAAGAAGGCUGAAAAACACGAGGGGGGAAAUGGUGUGUUUAUUUAAUGACCAGAGUUGUCUUUUUUUUUUCCUCCCAAAUUCAGGGCCCUCCUAUGAGUCUUUCCUGCUAAAAGGUAUCAAGUACAAAUGGGGAAAAUAUAUACAUAGAUAGAUGAAAGUUCGCCUUUGAUUAAUGAAUUUACCCAGAAAGUGUUCAAAUAGUGAUUAAAAUUGUUAUGUGUUGUUGUUAGUUUUUUUCAUAAUGAAUCUUCCUUGCCAAAAAAAAAAAAAAAUAGAUAAUAAACCUUAGCUCAUUGUCUACUUUUGACAAAUACUCAGGUGCCUACAAUCAUAUUAUACAUAUUGAGAUCAUACAUGUUCCUAGUUCACUUACACAUUCUGCCGGGUAACUUACGACUUGAUUUAAGGCUGUAGAUGUUCAUGGCAAGAUUUAGUUUGCACAUAACCUGAUGCCCAAGGAAAACAGCGAAUCGGGCUGAAAGGUCUAACACUCUUGGGCUCCUUAACCACCACGUGCUGCCCACACAAUUGCUCCUCGCCCUGAUUCCUGGUCUAGACAGGUAGCCUUAACUUAUUUAAAAUCAUAACGGUGUGGCCUGCCCAUGUAAUGAUGUCUGUAAACUUCUCUUUAAAACAAACACAAUCCUCACUGUUCACACGGAAGAUGGUUAACAAUACAGGGCCCUAGUAAUGAAGAUCUCGUCAGAGCCACUCAGCCCGUUGAGUGGAAGUGGGUGGAACCUUAAUGGAAUGGUCCAUUGAGGAUGGCGGCCACUCGGUAAGUCACAAACCAGUGCAGGAGCGUUCAUCAGUCAUGCACCUGUGAGGCUGGGGUCACUAUUACCAAAGCAACCAGGAGGUUUGUCGUUUCUUAUAUGAGUGCUAUUUUCAACAGUGUCACUUAGUAUGCAACUUGAAGUAGUCAGAGAUCUUCACCAUACAUAGAGAUUCAGGUUAAAGAAACAGAAAAAGGAACAAAUCUUCGUCAAGUCUCAAUCAUGGCAGCCUCGCCUUUUUGUUUUUUGUUUGUUUGUUUUUUUUUUCUUCUCACCUGCAAUGGCCUUGCUGUUCCCAAACACCUUCUUCUUUUUAUUGGUGUUGUAUCUGCCUUGUACCAGUAUUAGUGAGACUGAUUGUAUGAGAGUUCAAUUAAAGGUAGCUGCUCCUCACCAUUGCUUUUUCUUUCUUUUCUUUUUGUUAUUUCUUUUGCAAGUAUUAUGUGUGCGAACCUGAGAAGUGGUUUAGCUGCAAAGUUGACUUUUAAUAAAAACUGUUUGUAUCUGAGGGAAAAUACACCAUUUUAAAAGUACCUCAGAACCUCUUUCUAUAUCGCCUCAUUGGGUUUGUUGCUGGUGCUGGGAGUUUCAGCCGUGGGCGUCAUCUCUGUGUAACCAUAGAGCAGCCAUCCCACUGGCAAGCACAGUGUUGCACUGUUGCUCUCUUUCUCUGUAUUUAUGCCCCAGUGAAAGGCCGGGUCACAGACAACACUUUUAUUUCUUCCAAUAGGAAUUUUAUCAAGUCUAUAUGAAUUUUUUUUUAGUUCCUUUUUACUCACAGAAUGGGAAAUGUUUAUUUGGAAACAUCAAUUCUAUAAAAAUGUUCAUUUUAGCAAAACUUUGCCAAGAAGGUAGAGAAACUUGGAAAUAAAUUUUUGUCACAAAAUUAGGUCAUAGUCCCUAAGCAGUCAGAGAGAACUCCAUGUGUUUACACUAUGAUGUAACUUAGUAUAGUCUGAAAUCAGCCCCAUCUAUAUUUAUUUAUAGGCACUUAAAAUGAAUAAAUAUGUGCAGCACUGAUAAAAAUCAGUAUAGCUGUAAUGAUAAAUGGAAAUUGAAGAAUUAGUGGGGGGGGGGGAAUAAAACUCAGUAAAACCACUUCAAGAGAGAUGUGGGGUGGGGGUUGGGGAGAGGAAGACUACAAAAAAAAAAAAUACUGGCUAAUUAUUUCAAACAUGGUGGGCAAAGAUUAAAGGUAGCCAGCAAGUGUGGUUAGCAGAGUAACCAGGUGAUUUUUGAAAAGUAAGCACAAUUACCAUACUGAAGAGGACAGUAUGUGGAAAUGCUUUCUUCAGAGGAUUGUUCUUAGGUAAAUGAUAAAAUAAAAAGCAUACACGACCCUCGGAUUAAUAUUCCCAAUCAUAUCCUUUCCAUCCACUUCUGUUUCAAUAAGAGGAAUUUGGAUAACUUUGAGGGAUCAAAGUUAUUAAAUAACUAAGAAAGGACCUAUUCAGAAAGAUUAAACUAUAGCCUAAGGAAGAAGACGUAGACUAUUGAUCUGCAAGAAAAUGUAACCAAUGAUAGAUACCAGCUAUUGACAUUAUUAUUAAGACUAGAAUAAGAAGAAAAAAAAAAGGCUUCAGUGUGAGGGAUUUAUAAUAACUCUAGGAAAGAGAUUCUUAACAGUGGGAAAUUAAUAAUCAAUAUUGAUGAUUUGUUUUUACAAAAUUAAAUAUUUAUUGUCCAGUAAGGAUUAAUUUACAUGGAAAGAUACCUUAUGAUGAUAUACUAAGAUUCUAGGAUUUCAUAAUCCUAUUAGUCUUUCAUUUUAGAUUUAGUAAUAAAGUAUUCUGGUUAGCCAUAAAAUAUUUUAUUCCUUGAAAGUAGGAUAGCAAUCUUGAGUUUCCAAAAUAUUUGGUAAAAAAUAAAACAAGAUUGUUGGUAUUUUUUUCUUGCAGCUAUAUUUCAUAUCUUUAAAGUUAUCCAGAAUGUAGUAAUUUUACUAUAAAAGCCUCAAUUGUCAGUCUAAAAAAAACAAACAUCCUCAGGAAUACUUUGGAAAUAGAAGGUUUGCAUUCCCUUAGGGGUGUAAAUGCCUCUCAAAUAUUAUCUUUCCUUAAAAGAAUCUUCAAUCUACAACAUUUGCUUUUUCAGGCUUUGUUAAAUAUCCAUGUACAGAUAGUCCUUAUGUCUCAAACAAGCAUAAAAUGUCGAUCAAAUAAACCAUAAAUGUGGACAUUUCCUGAUAUUCUGCUUUAAAUAAAAUCCUCUGCAGUCUUAAAUGGUAAUUACGAAAUGUAAAAACGAAAAAUGAAAUCUAUUUUCUACUGUGAUAAGAAUGGUAAGUUUAAUGUAUAAUUGUCCUGUUCAAUCAGCCAAAAGACAUAAUCUGUCUAUCAGAAAGGCACAUCAGAGGAAACAUGGAUUUUUCCGGAAGUAACUGUGCUGGUUCAACCAAGGUUACCACAAAUGCACUGAUGUUGUAGAUAUAAAGCAGGACUAGGUUCAAAAGGAACUCUUAGGGAAAAGUUCACGAUUUUAAAUAUUGCCCUAUAACUUAUUUGUUUAUGAACCAGAGUCUUUUUUAAAUAGUCCUUGUAUUUAAGAUUGCAAAAUAUGUUUCCAAAUAAUGGGAACAUAAUUCUUCAAAAAACUGUUGAACUGGUGUAGUGAUAGGUGGUCUAAUGAGUGCUGAUACUGACAGAAUUUUCACCUUAAAAUCAAUUUCUGUGGACAUUCAAGACUGAUCUAGCUCCUGAAUGAAUGAACUUCUCCAUUGUCUGUAAUAAUGCCCCCAGAUGAGUUGUGUCUGAAAUUGAAUUCAAUUUAUUUUAAAUACCAGGUUAACUGCCAUCGUUCCUGAUGUAUUUCAUUUGUAACCGGAUUCCAUUACUUAACAUCUGGAAGGUUUUGUCUAGACAUCUCUUCUAUUGUUUUUACUCAAAGUAUAACUGAAAAAAAGAUAUUUAGUAUUAAAAUAUGUUCCUCAAUCAAGAAUUUUCCAGAAAUAAUCUACUUUCGAAGAAGAGCAGCAAUUAACUGCCUUUAAUAUAAGGGUAUGAGGGCAUAAAAGUAUGCCAUGUAAAAUGUUUGCAUGAGAUAUUUCCCACCAUGUAAGCUUUCCCAUAUUCAUAAUAUGAACAGUAUAGAAGUCUUAUUUUCUUGUGAUUUCUCCAUUAGGAAUGUAAGGAGAUUGUUACCUAUAUCUGGUCUCCUUUCCAUAUUGAAAUGCAUGGCUCUAAUCAGUAUAUUUUUAUUCCUUUCCUCUGGAGUUAUUUAAAUUUUGUACUAUUUAAACUGAAACCUGGAUAAACUGCUGAGCCUGGUUAAUUCUGCGAUUCGAGUUUACUUGCUGUGUAACAUUGGUUGAGAGCACAUUCUGAUUUUAACUUUUUUUUUUUUCCUUUCAGAAUUAGUCUCUGAUCAAUUGGUUCUCUUUUGAAAACAUUGAGAAGAAAACGUGUGACUAUUUUCCUUUUUUCAAAGUCUUUUUAAAACAAAGAUCAGAAAACUAUAGAGAGACAUGCCAUCAUUUUGUUGACAAAUCAUUAGUCGAUAAUAAUGGAGAUAGAGAAUGAAUCAUUUUGUUGUUUGGGUUCAUAGUAUGAUUGUGCACCAAAACUUAGAGAAACUAAAUGACUUUAACAUUAUUGCCACGGCAUUUUUAAACUGGAUGGUUUGACUAUUAGAGUCAAUUAAUUCUUUGGAAAUCUUUUAUGACAUUUUUAUAAUCUCUGUUUUUAUUUGCAUGAUUAUGUAUAUGGGAUUUACCGUACAUGAUUCUGAUACUGUGUUUCUUUCCAGCAUUAACAUUUGUGUAAUGUGUGGCCAACCCCAAUUUGUACACAGUAUGUUUACUGUUGUAAUUAUUCUGCUAUUUCCACCUUUAAUUGCAAUUUUGUUAUUAUGUCUUUUGGGGAUAAAUGAUGUGAAGCAUUUCCACAUAAUGAAAAUAUCACAUAAAAACAUGACUAAAAGGCUGACCUUUAAAUUAAUUGCUAAUUAUUUUUAAAAAUCCAAAUUUCAAAGGAAACUUGUUCUCAAAGUAAAUAUGUGCAUAUAUUUUAAAUUCAAAAAAUUCCUUAUUAAUUUAUCAUUGCUUGUCUUUUUUUUCAUUUUUUUUUUUAAUUGUAGACAAUCCUAAGUGAAUGCCUCAUGGGAGAAUCCAUAUAUGUGCUUGCAUUUCUGUAAUCUGAUCAUGCACUCAAAUGGUUGGAAAAGAUACUCCAGUGCUAAGAAAAUAAAUGAAGCCAAUAUAUUAAUUCUUAUAUCUUGGUUUAUGUUACCAACUAAAUAUGGUGUAAUGCAUAACUCUUCCCAGUAAAUAAACUGGUUAUCUUUUGUUCA